AUGUCCUACAUCCCCAGGCGGGAUUUCGACAAGGGUGGCAGAGGAGGAGGUGGUGGUGCUGGCGGAGGGGGAGGAGGAGAGGAUGGAGGCCCUGUCACAGACUAUGGAGCUACUAUCACUCACUGGAUGCGCCACCGGAACACCAAGUACAGAGGGGCCUACACAGGUGAACUUGAACGGCCAAGCCCCAGCUACCUGAUCGAUAUGAUUCCGCCUGCUGCCCGGACCACCAAUGCAGCAGAUUCCAUACCAGGUCGUUGGGUGCAUCAGUCUCUCAACAAGGUCAAACAUCCCGUUAAUGUGGUCCGAUGGACUCCCGAAGGCCGCCGUCUCCUGACGGCCUCGAGCAGUGGAGAAUUUACGCUAUGGAACGGCACUGCUUUUAAUUUCGAGACUAUCAUGCAGGCACAUGAUUCUGCCAUCCGAGCCCUCGAAUACUCCCACUCCGACGACUGGCUGAUCUCUGCAGACCACGACGGUAUCAUCAAGUACUGGCAGCCCAACUUCAACAACGUUGAGAGCAUACGCGGCCAUCACGACCCUAUCCGAGACCUUGCCAUCUCCCCCACCGAUCUCAAAUUCGUCACGGCUUCCGAUGACUCCACCCUUAAGGUGUUUGAUUUUGCUGGCGGGGUGGCAGAGAUGACUCUGUCAGGUCACGGUUGGGAUGCCAAGACUUGCGACUGGCAUCCCACCAAGGGCCUCAUCGCCUCCGGGUCAAAGGAUCAUCUGAUCAAACUCUGGGAUCCCCGCUCAGGUCGCUGCCUCACAACACUACACGGGCAUAAGAACACUGUCACCAAGGUCAUGUUUGAGAGGAUCAAUGGCAUGUGCCUGGCUACAGGAGGUCGCGAUAACACCGCCCGGAUUUUUGAUUUGCGAAUGAUGCGAGACAUCUGCCUGAUCCGAGGACACGAAAAGGACGUCACCACCUUCACUUGGCACCCAAUCCACACCAAUCUCCUCAGUACGGGAGGCGGUGAUGGCGCUCUUCAUCACUACCUUCUAGACGAGCCCAAUGCCCCCGAAGGUCAGGCGGCGGCAAAAGCCGUCUACGACAGCCCCGAUCCCGAGUCAGCCCCGCUUCAGACAAUCUAUCCGGCACAUAGGCUUCCAUUCGCCCAUGACAUGGCCAUCUGGUCGCUGGACUGGCAUCCUCUCGGCCACAUCCUCGCUUCUGGAUCAAAUGACCGUCUCACACGGUUUUGGACCCGUGCAAGACCCGGUGAUACGUCGUACCUCAAAGACCAGUAUCAUAUUGGUGAGGCCGCGGCUAUGGCAAACAAUACCUUUGUGGGGUCCAAGAAUCGCAGACAGAGGCAGGAGGAAGAGGCACAGGAGGCCGAGGAUGAGAUGGACGGCCUGGAGGAUCAAAAGAUGCCUAUGAAGUCAGCUUCCGCCUUCCCUGGUAUUCCGGGCCUGCCCUUGCCAGGAAGUGGUGGUGUACCGCCUUCGGCUAUUCCAGGAGUUGGCCUGGCCUCGGGGUCCGCGCCAAUGCCGCCAAACCUUCCUUUUCCGAUUCCUCCUCCAGGCUUGAAUGGACAGAUACCGCCUCCACCCAUUCCAGGAUUUGAUCCGGGCAACCCACCCGACAUGGCCAAGAUUGCAGAGAUGAUGCAAAGAGCCGGCAUACCAAUCCCCCCACCCCCUGGGAAUGGAAUCGCCCCCCCACCCCCUGGUCUUCUUCCGCCUGGUCUUAUCCCCCCUCUACCGAAUGGGCAACUUCCUGCCGGUUUUGUGCCUCCGCCAAUACCGAUCCCUGGAAUGGACGCUGGGGCGCAUAUGGGAAAUGAUGCAGCCAGUAUCGCAGCGCGGAGACGAGCGCCGUUGCCAAGCCAGGAGGAGAGUCUCAAGAUGGAGCAGCGGAAGGGCCAUUACACCCGGGCUCACUAG